GAAGAACGCUGCUGCCUCGACAGCCAUAAAAAAAAAAAGUUUAAAAUGGCUGAUAGCUCCGUGUUUUAUUCCGAAGUGAAAUCCAUUUUAGAGACGCUCAUAAUGACAGCGGUCGAUGUUCUCGGAGUUUCAGACAAAGGAACCGAUAAAACGAGGCGGACUCUGAGAGGCCAGCCGGAUGUUGCUGCCAUGUUGAUCAGCGAGGCGGCCAGGAAGAUCAGCAGCAUUUUCUCGCAGCUCUCCUCGUCGCUUCUCGCUGAAAACCGCAAACUAAACGCACAGCUGGAGGCCGAACUGAAGAGCGCAGCUGAAGGUUUGCAAAACGCCCGGCUGUGGCGGGAGAACAUGCUGAACGGCGGUCCGGUGCUGCUGGAACAGAGCAGCACGGUGUUCCUCAAGAAGCCGCUUAUUAGACUGAAAAGAAAGAUGGACGAUGGAAAUCCUCCUGCAGCCUCUGCAGAGGUGGAAGACAUUGGAGAGACGAUGCAGAUGCCUUCGUCUCCUUCUGCUGAAGAAGACGCUGCUGAGGAUUUAGCUGCUCCAAAAAUCCCUGAACUGGAAAACUCUGAAUCCCAGAAGACGCAGGAAGCAGCGCUGAAGCCUAAAGGAAAGGAGUUUGUGUGUGAGCUCUGCAAGAAGAGGUUUAGCCGUCGGUUUCACCUGGCAAAGCACAUGAACACUCACAAGGAGCAGCGGCCGUUCGCCUGUGACCGCUGCCCCAGGAAGUUCAGGACUGCAGAAACUUUGGAGCAACACCUGCUGCGACACGAAGAGAAGAAACACGCUAGCUUCCAGUGCCAGCGCUGUGAGAAGUUGUUCAAGACAAAGAUGAAUCUGAAGACACAUCAGCUGGUCCACUCAGACCUCCGACCGUUUAGCUGCGGGACCUGUGGGAAGGCCUUCAAAACCAAGCACAACCUGCAGGCACAUCAGGUGGUACACCUGGCAGAGAAACCACACAAGUGUUCAGAGUGCGGGGAGAGUUUCAGAUGCGCCGUCAGCCUGCAGUGCCACCGUAGUGUCCACACUGGUGAGCAUCCCUUCACCUGCACGGCAUGCGGCAAAACCUUCUCCAGCAGGCGGUCGCUCCGGACGCAUCAGGCAGUCCACAGAGGGAAGGUGUUCACCUGCGAGACGUGUGGGGCGGGAUUCACCCUUCGACAGAACCUCCAGAGGCACAUCCGCAUUCACACAGGCGAGAAACCAUUCGCAUGCAAGGUAUGCGGGAGGCCCUUCAUGCAGGACAACAAGCUGAAGGCGCACAUGCUGCUCCACGGCGCUGCCAAGGCAUUCAUGUGCGACCUCUGCGGGAAGACGUUCCUGUACAACUGCCAGCUGAAGAAACACCAGAAAGCCGCACACGAGGAGAAGCAGGCGUCAAAGAGGCGAGGUCGGGAGAGAGGCGAGCGCAGGGUAAUCUACCGGCGGGACAAAACCAUGCUGGACAUGACGGCGUUCAGCUGUGGCACCUGCCGCAAAGGCUUUGACUCAGCUGCUUCGCUGCAGAGGCACGAGCUGAUCCAUGCCGGCGGCGCCGCACAGUAUGCCUGCGACCAAUGUGACAAGUCGUUUUUCUACAAAGCCACCUACGAGUACCACCGGAGGAUCCACUCCGGGGAGAGGCCGUUUGCGUGCGAUGUCUGUGGGAAGCGGUUCGUCAUCCGCCAGGCGCUCAAGUCCCACAGGCUGCAGCACUCUGGAGAGAAACCGCACAAGUGCGAGCAGUGCGGCAAGGACUUCCGUAUCUACACCAACUACCUGCGACACCGCCGUGUCCACACGGGGGAGAAGCCCUAUGAGUGCGAGGUGUGUGGGACUCGGUUCCGGCAGCUCGGACAUGUCAAGUUCCACAUGCAGGUCCACACAGGAGAGAGGCCAUACUCCUGCAGCAGCUGUGGGCUCGGCUUUUCAGACUCCAGGUUACUCAGGAAACAUAACUGCAGUGAGAAAACCAGGAAGAAGAAAAAAGAAGCUGUCUUGGUGUCACGCGUGGUUUCCACCCUAACAACAACAUUUCUGCACUGUUGUUGGAUAAACGUUGAACAAAACGGACAGAAACUUGUUGGACCGACCGAGCUCCACGUAAAUUUCCGCAACAUGUCCGAUUUAGAGGCGCGAGUCUGCGCCAUUUUGGACGUCAUGGUAACGGCCACCAUGUCAGAAAUGGACAAAGUUAUCGGCAGCUCGGAUCCCAACGAGGCUCCGGCUUGGACAGAAAAUAAACAAUCGUCCUGUUUGGAUCAGAAGGUGAUGCACUUCAACAUCCUCCUGGCGUCUCUGGCUCAGGAAGCCGUGGAGAAGAUCUGCCAGCUGUUUGAGGAAAGUUCGUCGGUGCUGCAUCUCGAAGUGUCCCAGGGCGCGGCAGAGAUCGAAGACCUGAAGACGAGGCUGAGGGAGGUGGAGAUGGACCUGAAGCUGGUGAUGGAGGGAAGCGCAGAGCUGGGAGGCCAGGAGGAAGUGACGGAGGAGCAGACGGAGGAGAGGAGAGAAGAAGAGGAAGGAUCCCCGGGGAAUCUGUGCAGAGUUUUUGGUGGUGAAAGCGGAGUGAGGAGGUCGCCUAUUAUUCACCUGUGGAAAAGCAGAACUUGUGAGUCUGUCUCCGGUCAGGACAGCAUCCAGUCGGUUUUACUGAAGCAGGAGAUCCUGAAGGCCUCGGGCAUUUCCGACCCGAACCGAAACGAUCCCGCCCAGGAAGACGGCCCAGACUACACGGUGGAGAUGGACGACUCGGUUUACACCAUCAGAGCUAAAGGCCUGGUGAAGCCCAGGUCGCGGGUGCGAGCGCCGAAGGAGAGCCGGGGUCAGAGGGAGUCGCCCCUGAGCUGCAGGCUCUGCAAGAAAACCUUCAGCAACCUGCUGCAGCUCAAAGCGCACCAGUCCAUUCACGGAGCGAGCAGCGACAAGCCCUUGGUCUGCUCCCAGUGUGGGCGGGGCUUCUCCUUCCAGCGCAGCCUCAGCGCUCACAUGCUGAUUCACAAGGAUGAGAGGCCUCACACUUGUGACGUUUGCGGGAAGGGUUUCACCUUGAAGCAGCUCUUGAGGAACCACCAGCGUCUCCACGGCGACGUGCGUCCGUUCUGCUGCGACCAAUGCGGCAAAAGUUUUUACAGAGCUCACGGCCUGAAGCUGCACCGGAGGGUCCACACCGGCGAGCGAUUGUACAACUGCCACUACUGUGACAAAGGCUUCACCAUACCGGGUAACCUGCAGCGUCACCUGCGCAUACACACCGGCGAAAAGCCGUACAAAUGCGACACCUGCGGCAAAAGCUUCAACCAGGCGGACACGCUGAAGGGCCACCAGCGACUGCACACCGGGGAGCGUCCCUUCAGUUGCGAGACCUGCGGGAAAUCUUUCAUCCAGAAGAACGCCUUGAAGAUGCACCAACGGACAUUUCACCUGGACGAGAGGAAACUCACCUGCGUCGCAUGCAACACCGUGGUGCCUUGCAUGGAGUCCCUACGCAAGCACACCCAGACGCACGCCAUGACCAUCCCGUGCAGCUGUGUGCACUGCGACCAGCGCCUGUGCACCAUCACGGAGCUGCGGGAACACCAGCAGCAGCACACGCUGGAGAGACCUCACUGCUGCAGGAUCUGUGGGAAGAGCUUCAAGUCGUCCAGCUACCUGAAGAUCCACCUGAAGGCGCACAGCGGCGAGCGGCCGUUCGCCUGCGAGAUCUGCGGACGUCUGUUCACGCAGCAAAGCAGCCUGAAAUCACAUCAGGUGGUCCACACCGGCGAGAAACCGUUCAGCUGUGACACCUGCGGGAAAUCUUUUGGCAACACGGGAAACCUGAAGAGGCAUCAGCGCAUCCACACGGGCGAAAAGCCGUUCAGCUGCGACAUCUGCGGCCGCUGCUUCAACCAGGGCAACAGCCUGAAGGCUCACCAGCAGAUCCACACCGGGGAGAAACCGUUCAUGUGCGACAGGUGUGGGAAGAGCUUCUCCUACCUGAGGAACCUCAAGGACCACAAGUGUUUCUACGUUUGAAACAACAGAUCAUCUGGUUCAGUUUGUGGAUGUGGAUUGACUCAGUUGCUGUUCAAAUGGAUUCAUAUCUGAACUUUUUUCCAAAGUUCUGGACAGUAGGUUGGAUGUUCGUUUGGCUUAUUUCUGAGUCUGUUGGGUCUUAAAAGAGCUGUAAAAAUAUUUUUUUGAUUUAAACAAUAAAGAAUGUGAUGAC